CAACCGCCAAUAAAAAUCCAGAAGAAGCCACAGAAGAACACGUGUUUCCGGUUUGAGUAGCUACAGUUGGCAAGCCGCUAAUAAACAGUAGAAAUGGUUCGUAAAUUGAAACACCAUGAGCAGAAGCUGCUGAAGAAGGUGGACUUUAUUAACUGGGAGGUGGACAACAACCUUCACGAGGUCAAGGUGCUGCGGAGGUAUCAUAUCGAGAAGCGGGAGGACUACAUGAAGUACAACAAGCUGAGUCGCAGCAUCAGAAAUCUGGCUCAGAAGAUUCGAGACCUGGAUGAGAAGGAUGGCUUCAGAGCUCAGAGUACGCACCACCUGUUAGAAAAGCUCUACAGCUUGGGCGUCAUCCCCACCAGACAGAACCUGGCCCUGACGGAGAAGGUCACGGUGUCUUCGUUCUGCAGGAGGCGGUUGCCCUGCAUCAUGAUUAACCUCCACAUGGCUCAGAACCUGAAGAUGGCUGUCGGCUUCAUCCAACAAGGACAUGUGCGUGUGGGUCCAGAUGUUGUCACAGACCCAGCUUUUCUAGUCACGAGAAACAUGGAAGACUUUGUCACGUGGGUGGACUCCUCGAAGAUCAAGCAGCAUGUGAUGAAUUAUAACGACGAGAGAGAUGACUUCGAUCUGGUGGCUUAAUCCGGUUGAAGGAAACAUCAGGAAAAACUCCCAUCAGCAGGAAUGCUGAAUAAAUAUCUUUUUAAUAAAACUCUGACAGUGUAAACAAUAAAGGUUGUUGUUGUCACAGUG